AUGACGUUCCCUCCAGCUACCGCGUACACGCCUGAGGCACUGCUGCGCCGCUUCAUCAAGCUUUACUACGCGCUUGGCUUUGACCACGGGUCAAGCAAGGACCAAGAAGAUUUCAAGAAGUGGUUCAAUACGUGGUGGAUGUGUCUGUUUAUCUACAUCAAGGGGAUCCGACCGGUUCCAUGGUACGAUGCAAGGUGGUGGCGGAUCUCCGACGAGCAUCGCAAGGAAGUGUUGAACCUUGUUGCGCGCUGGGGCGACGAGGCCGACAAGGGCGAGCUGAUGCUAAAUGAACUGCCCUACCCACUGCGGGCGGGUGUCGAAGAGUUCGAGCUCACCGAGCCGAGGCCCGCCGUCCACAAGCAGGAGCGGUAUCGCACGCCGGACAUUCUACAGCUUAUUCGGUCCUGUCCGGAGAGGGACAUCUUUGGCGUGAUGCCCUCCGAAACCCUCGAGACCUUCCGUCGCGCAAUCCGGCCAUCCGAUUACAACCCGGACGCCCUCGGCCAAGAGGCUCACUCCCUCGGCCACUCCAUCUUUCAGCGAUACUCGCAUCGUCAGCGCGCCAUCUACGGUCUGUAG